GACCCCAUUGUCAACGCUGGCUCAAGUUGACACGCCAACUCCGACAGACAUACCAACUUGAUUCUGGGUGUACUGACAUACCCGCCAGCCGCCUUUGCGGUACGACGGUUAAUGCCGCGGGUUUUGCUUGUACAGGCCUAUCCAACGACGCUUUUGACACACGACGGCGCCCGCUCCGACGCAACUUCCGACACCAGCUCCCUUUCUGGCUGCCGCCUGCUCAGGCCCCAACACUUGAGCCAAUUGCAAAUGCACGGCAGCCCGACGGUCAUGCUGGGUGUACUGGCGUAUCCGAUGGACAUUUUUGUUUUAGUACCUCAUGCUGUUGUUGACCCUAUGUGUUCCUUGUCAGCGCGGGGCUCCAUCCAUUUCUCCUCCUUCACACAUUCGCAGAUUGACCUGCGUUCUAAAAGCGAAUGGGACGUCUCCUUUAUUCAUAUACCCGGGGCGUUGCAUAACGACCACUCGGUACGCUUAGUCGCAAAACGACCGCUACUAGCAGCACGAAGGUGGACAGAACGACGGGCUCCGAUGCUCACCAGCGCGACGGAGUGCAGCACACUGGCUCCUGCAUCGACUUAUGCUGGGCAUGACGGUCACCAGUAGGACAACGAGAAACAGCAUGAAGGGGUUCAGCAGUUCAGCACUGAACAGCAAGCCUGGGCUCAGCAUCAGGAUUCUGACAUCAACGUCUCGACGUCUGCGCAGCAUGCCGGCCACCAGCGGCAUGACGAUGAUCGACACGACGGGACCUGGCAGUACGACAGGGAGCAGCACGGCGGAGACAUGCAUGAGGAUCCAUAUGCAUUAGUGGUGUACACCGCCACCAGCAGCACGACGAUGAACAGUACGACGGACUCUAUCAAUGCGAUGCUGUCCAGCACGACAGAAUGAGGCACAGAGAUUGCGACAUCUGUGCCGCAACAUCUACCCACGACCGCAUCUACCACCGACGCCAUCUGUCAGCACCGACGCCCGACCUACUUCGGUUUCGAUUCCAGCUCCGACCCCAGCUCUGACGUUGUGCGUCGAACAUAUCUUUGCUCACGCGUCAUUCACGAUGGGAUCGAGCACCACCUCGGUACUUAUGCGAUGCACGACGGGUACCCUCAGCAUGGCGAUGGGCAACACGACGGGCUCCUGCAGUUCGGCGCUUGCGAGCACGACGGAGUGCUGCAGCAUGAUCACUCCUUCAUUCACGCCGACUCUUACAACCACGCCUGAGCCGCACGACGGCCACCAGCAGCAUGACGAUGCUCAUCACGGCGGGCUCCAACAACACGAUGCUCAACAGCACGUUGGGGCGCAGGUUCACGACUCGAAAGUACACCUGUGCGCACUACGACGGCUACCCUCUUUGUGGGAUGGCGAGGCAUGAUAUUUCAAAGGUGGAGUUGCUGGGGGCUCUCGUGCACGGCUUCGGCUUCGGUGCUGUCUUCAAGUACGAGUUGUGAGUGCGGCCCUGCCUAUGUAUAGGCUGUGCGUUCGGCUUCCCGACCCUUUUUUGUGCCUGCCUCCUUUUUUUGUUUCUCUCUCUCUCUCUCUCUUUCCCUCUUUCUCUCUCACUGUCUCCACUAGUACAUGACCAAGUGUUUCGAGCUGUGCGCUCGUGUUAGUGUUCACUCCAGGCGUGCAUGUUACAGAAGCGCUUUGGGUCAUUGGUUUAGCGCUACGGCCUUUUCUUGGGGCAUCAUGCCAACUCACACCGCCUUCAAAGGUCUCUGUAUUGCUGGCCUCUGUCACUGGGGUACGGGCAGUCCAGCACUCCUUGCAAUACCUGGCUUGCUACUGUAGAUGUAUCGCCGACUUUUGGAGCCUCGGGCUGUGGUCAGGCCGUUGCCAGCUUUUGUUGUUGCUGUUGUUGUUGUCGUUCCCUCGCUCUCUCUCUCUCUCUCUCUUUUGUUCUCUCUCUCUCUCUCUUCCUUUUUUUUUUUUUUUUUUUUGUUUUUUUUUCUCUCUCUCUCUCUCUCCUUUUCUGCUUCCGUCCUUGUCUUUCCGUCCUCGCUGCCGCCCGUGGGAUGGUAGGAAUUGGGCGUUUUUCUAUCGCUGUGCUCGCCCUCGUCCGCUGCUGUCUGUCUUCGCGCUUCCUGCCCGUCCCCCUCUUUGCUCCUUCCGCCUUGGCUGUCGCUGCGUGGUUUUCUCAACUAGGCUUGUCUGAG